AUGGGUCCUAACUUGUUGUUGUUGUGGAAUUACAAGCUGAAUCUAACUACAGAUCCCAAAUUUGAAUCUGUUGCCAGAGAGGUUUGCAAAUCUACCAUAACAGAGAUUAAAGAAUGUGCUGAUGAACCAGUUGGAAAAGGUUACAUGGUUUCCUGCUUGGUUGAUCACCGAGGCAACAUCACUGAGUAUCAGUGUCACCAAUACAUUACUAAGAUGACAGCUAUCAUUUUCAGUGAUUACCGUUUAAUCUGUGGCUUCAUGGAUGACUGCAAAAAUGACAUCAACAUUCUGAAAUGUGGCAGCAUUCGGCUUGGAGAAAAGGAUGCACAUUCACAAGGUGAGGUGGUAUCAUGCUUGGAAAAAGGCCUGGUGAAGGAAGCAGAAGAAAAAGAACCCAAGAUUCAAGUUUCUGAUCUCUGCAAGAAAGCUAUCCUUCGGGUGGCUGAGCUAUCCUCGGAUGACUUUCAUUUAGACCGGCAUUUAUAUUUUGCAUGCCGGGAUGAUCGGGAGCGUUUUUGUGAAAAUACACAAGCUGGUGAAGGCAGAGUGUAUAAGUGCCUCUUUAACCAUAAAUUUGAAGAAUCCAUGAGUGAAAAGUGUCGAGAAGCACUAACUACCCGCCAAAAGCUGAUUGCACAGGAUUAUAAAGUCAGUUAUUCGUUGGCCAAAUCCUGUAAGAGUGACUUGAAGAAAUACCGGUGCAAUGUGGAAAAUCUUCCUCGGUCCCGGGAAGCCAGACUGUCCUACCUUCUGAUGUGCCUGGAGUCAGCUGUGCACAGAGGGCGACAAGUGAGCAGUGAGUGCCAGGGGGAGAUGUUAGAUUACCGACGCAUGUUGAUGGAAGACUUUUCUUUGAGCCCUGAGAUUAUCCUAAACUGUCGAGGGGAGAUUGAACAUCAUUGUUCUGGAUUACAUCGCAAAGGGCGAACGCUGCACUGUCUCAUGAAAGUAGUUCGAGGGGAGAAGGGGAACCUUGGAGCAAAUUGCCAGCAGGCGCUUCAGACACUGAUUCAGGAGACUGACCCUGGUGCAGAUUACCGCAUCGAUCGAGCUCUGAAUGAAGCUUGUGAAUCUGUAAUACAGACAGCCUGCAAACAUAUAAGAUCUGGAGACCCAAUGAUCCUCUCAUGCCUUAUGGAACAUUUGUAUACAGAGAAGAUGGUGGAAGAUUGUGAACAUCGUCUCUUAGAGCUACAAUAUUUCAUCUCCCGAGAUUGGAAGCUGGACCCCGUCUUAUACCGCAAGUGCCAGGGAGAUGCCUCUCGUCUUUGCCACACCCAUGGUUGGAAUGAGACCAGUGAACUUAUGCCUCCCGGAGCUGUGUUCUCUUGUUUAUACAGACACGCCUACCGCACUGAGGAACAGGGAAGGAGGCUCUCACGGGAGUGCCGAGCUGAAGUCCAAAGGAUCCUACACCAGCGUGCCAUGGAUGUUAAACUGGAUCCUGCCCUCCAGGAUAAGUGCCUAAUUGAUCUGGGAAAAUGGUGUAGUGAGAAAACAGAGACUGGGCAGGAACUUGAAUGCCUCCAGGACCACCUAGAUGAUUUGGUUGUAGAGUGCAGAGAUAUAGUUGGCAACCUCACCGAGUUGGAAUCAGAGGAUAUUCAAAUAGAAGCCUUGCUGAUGAGAGCCUGUGAACCCAUAAUUCAGAACUUUUGCCACGAUGUGGCAGAUAACCAGAUAGACUCUGGGGACCUGAUGGAAUGUCUGAUACAGAACAAACACCAGAAGGACAUGAAUGAGAAGUGUGCCAUAGGAGUCACCCACUUCCAGCUGGUGCAGAUGAAGGAUUUUCGGUUCUCUUAUAAGUUUAAAAUGGCCUGCAAGGAGGAUGUGUUGAAACUUUGCCCGAACAUAAAAAAAAAGGUGGACGUGGUGAUCUGCCUGAGCACCACCGUGCGCAAUGACACUCUGCAGGAAGCCAAGGAGCACAGGGUGUCCCUGAAGUGCCGCAAGCAGCUCCGCGUGGAGGAGCUGGAGAUGACAGAAGACAUCCGUCUGGAACCAGAGCUGUAUGAAGCCUGCAAGAGUGACAUCAAGAACUACUGUCCCACUGUGCAGUAUGGCAAUGCUCAGGUAACUUCUUGCUUUGUAAUUGUAAAAAGGUUCUGUGCCGAAGCAGAUUCUAAAACCAUGCUGCAGUGCUUGAAGCAAAAUAAGAACAGUGAAUUGAUGGAUCCUAAAUGCAAACAGAUGAUAACCAAGCGCCAGAUCACCCAGAACACAGAUUACCGCUUAAACCCUGUGCUAAGGAAAGCCUGCAAAGCUGACAUUCCUAAGUUCUGUCAUGGUAUCCUGACUAAGGCGAAGGAUGAUUCGGAGCUAGAAGGCCAAGUCAUCUCUUGCCUCAAGUUGAGAUAUGCUGACCAGCGCCUGUCUUCUGACUGUGAAGACCAGAUCCAGAUUAUUAUCCAGGAGUCUGCUUUAGAUUACCGACUAGAUCCUCAACUCCAGCUGCACUGCUCAGAGGAGAUCUCCAGUCUAUGUGCUGAAGAAGCAGCAGCCCAGGAGCAGACAGGUCAAGUAGAGGAAUGCCUCAAGGUCAACCUGCUCAAGAUCAAGACAGAAAUGUGUAAAAAGGAAGUGUUAAACAUGCUGAAGGAAAGCAAAGCAGACAUCUUUGUGGACCCAGUUCUUCAUACAGCUUGUGCCUUGGACAUUAAACACCACUGUGCAGCCAUCACCCCCGGCCGUGGACGUCAAAUGUCCUGCCUCAUGGAAGCACUGGAGGAUAAGCGGGUGAGGUUACAACCUGAGUGUAAAAAACGCCUCAAUGACCGGAUUGAAAUGUGGAGUUAUGCAGCAAAGGUGGCUCCAGCAGAUGGCUUCUCUGAUCUUGCCAUGCAAGUAAUGACAUCUCCGUCCAAGAACUACAUUCUCUCUGUGAUCAGUGGGAGCAUCUGUAUAUUGUUCCUGAUUGGCCUGAUGUGUGGACGGAUCACUAAGCGAGUGACACGAGAACUCAAGGACAGGCUACAAUACAGGUCAGAGACAGUGGCUUAUAAAGAUUUAGCGUGGCCUCAGGGUGUGACUGGCAGUCCAACCUGACCUUUCUGCACACUCCAGGCAAACUUCCCAGACACGCUCCUUUGUGCCUCUACGUGGAGAGGGUGUGGAAAGUUAUUAUAUUAAAAGAUGGAGGAUUUUCUCUG